UCAGAAAUCAGGAACUGAACAUCUUCUAAGACUCAAUAGCAGCAACAGCCUAUAGCGAGGAUCGGCAAAGCCUCAGUAUGCUAUUAUAACAGCGUUCGUACGCGGAAUCGGUUGCUUUCGUUCCGAGAUUGUGAGCGAUUCGUUUAACGUGUGUUAUAUGACAUUGUCCAUUGCAUUGUCAGACAUGGACUGGACACUGACUGAUGGAUGUAUACAAUAGGUACAGGAGAUGGAUAAAUCCAUAGAAAAUAAACUGUUUUGCUCUUGUUAAGGAAAGACACUUGUAAACUUGGAUAGGUGUUAACUGGAACAGAAUGCAAAGAUGACUCGGCAGAGAGGAGGUGAUGAAACGUUCUGACUGUCAUUUCCAUACUUAAUCAACAACGAGAUACUGAAUGCAUCCUUGAGGUCAUCGCAUGAAGAAAGCUACUAGUUGUCGAGUAAUACCAUUGAUGGACAAGCAUCGGAAUACCCAGACAUCGCCAACACAACAAGCAGAUGUUGUCGAAAACCUAACUUGAAAACAAUUAGUUUAGGGGAACAAUUUAAGACAUACAAAAGGAAAUAAGUAACACCUUAAGGAGACAAGGAACAUCCAACUUUGACCUCUACAGGGACAUUUUACAUUGACAAAGGAACAUCCAAGACAGGGAAGGAGAGUAGCAGGCUUUCUCUUCCAAAUCAAGCGAAAUUUGAAUACUGAAAGCAGCCUUUCUCAUAAAUGACAAUAUUUAGGGUGAAUUAGAAGAGCACAUUUUAACUAUAGAUGGCAAUGUGUUAUUUCAUGGAGAGUCGUAUGUGUAUCUAGAUUAAUGUGGACAUCGUUUCGUCAUUAGUGCCACUUAUAAAGGGGGAUAUAGAAAAGUGUCUAUGUGUCAAAUGUGAUUUUUUAGAUAUCCUGCAUUCUAUCGAAAAUCAGGAACCAUGAGUGCAGCCGUCAUUUACCGUAAUGUCAACUCGAGCGGGUUUGAGUACCCGCAAGUGUUCAACACAACCGUCAUCCCGUUGCAGGAAGGUGACGGCAACUUCAGUUACGAAAAGCCAAGUGGUUUAUUACGCUUCAGUGAAGAAUACAUGAAAUAUCAUGGCUACUUCAGCGCCAUAGUAUGUGCAUUCGGAAUAUUCGCAAACCUGGCGAAUAUCAUUGUGUUGACGCGAAAAAAUAUGAUAUCAUCAACGAACUGGAUUCUGAUGUGGCUAGCGGUUGCCGACCUGCUUACAAUGAUGUCAUACUUCCCAGUGUCCAUUCAUUUCUACGUCCUGCGGGAUCCAAUGUUGAGUUUCCCAGAAACCAAGAGUAUUGACUGGAUUCGUUUUCUAUUGUUUCACAGCAGUUUUACUAUUGUCUGCCACACUAUAGCCAUCUGGUUGACCAUCACGCUUGCCAUCUUCCGUUAUGUUUUUAUCUGUUUCCCAACACGAGGAUCACAGCUGUGUACUCUACAGCGCGCCAAACUGGCCAUUUUCUUGGUAUGCUUCUCAACCGUGAUAGUCUGUGUUCCAAAUUUUAUGACAAACGAUAUAGAUUUUUCAAGACAUUCAAGAAUAUUCAACGCAUCGGACCCUGUGUACACAAUACAACUAACUGCUUUAGCUGCGGAACAUGAUAUCAUUGUAAAGAUAAACUACUGGGUGCAGGCAAUAAUUGUCAAACUUAUUCCAUGCUUUCUGCUGACUUGCCUAACCAUCAUGUUAAUCUUAGCAAUGCACAAUGCCAAUAAGCGGCGUCAGAAACUCAAAUCUCAGGGUCGUAAGGACGAUUCUGACCGAGCGCGGGAACACAACCGAACGACAGGCAUGCUGCUGGCGAUCGUCGUACUCUUCCUGAUAACUGAACUUCCGCAAGGCAUCAUUACGUUACUCAACAGCUUUGACGAAAAGUGGUACAGAGACGUCUACCUACCACUAGGAGAUCUUUGGGAUAUUAUGGCGCUUUUGAACAACUCGAUAAACUUCGUCUUGUACUGUACGAUGAGUCGAGUAUUUCGGGAUACGUUUGUGAAAGUCUUCUGUGGCUGCUGUCCAGAACGCCGGCCGGGAUGGCUAAAACUACGGACAUUCGAGCAUAAAAAUGGAAUUCCUAUGAAGUCUAUGAAUUCGAAUAGGACGAACAAAGAUUGUGACGGUAGCACUGUCAACACACAGCUAGCUGCACCAAAUGGUGAAUGAGGGGUGCAUGCAGAGACUCCAGCUGCAAACCUCAAAACAUGCGUGCACAUAUCUGGCCACAUCGAUUGUAGAUAUUGCAUAGGACGCUGGUGUGAUGUCUUCCGUCUGUGUUUUAAGGUGGAAGCGUCCCUUCCUAAUUACAUUUUCUGAAGUGAGUACAAUUCGAUUCAGCAAGGGACGUCAAAAAGAGAGGAGGACCGAUUUAUCUGUAUAUUACAGCGUUUGUUACGAACUUUGCUAUUGUACGGUGUUGUUACAGACUCAAGCUUGAUCUCUGGCCUAUAUCAGAUGAACCUCGACAGGGCCAAAUACAAGUAAGAGAUAAUCCAGAAAGACAUCUUCAAAUUGCCGGCAUGUGUGUAGAAGUAGAGUGUCCGGCCAUAUUUUAUUCUGGUGGAUUAUGGUUCUAUAGAUGCCAUGACUAUCAUGACUGUCAUGACUUGGUUUUCAGAGCACUGACUCCCACCCAUGAAAUUGGCACUCACUUUCUAACAAUGACAGUCAUGAGCCCGGUCAAAACUAGCAAAACUUUAGCAGAUCCCCUCCCGCCUGCCUGAACUGUGUCCUGUCUCGGUUUGUGUGUAGUGUGGUGGAAUGUGUUGUCAGUGAAUGCAUCUUGUUCAAUCAAUGAACUGUUGAAAUGGUGAAUGAAUGUGCAAUGCGUGAAUGGUGCAAGGGGGGGGGGGUUAUUUUGGUAUAAUAGCAUUCCGCGAAGAUGACGUCACUGCAGCUGCUGCCCUAUAUUUCCCCAACGCUGAAUUACAGGCAAUGUCGGACAAACAUGCAGUUUCGUAAUGGAUUCUGGCUUUCUAACUAGGGCAGUUAGAUUCAAUCUGGCACAUGUCCGAGUGUUGGAAAUACUACAUAAUUGUUCUGAAUAUUUCUCUCUCUGACUCUAUGGUAUCAUUCUUGCUAAAAACAAUGCAGGGUCAAAGAUAAUUGACUUUGAAAAAAGCUCAAAUGCGUAGAAAUAAGUGUCGAUGUCCGACUGUCACGUGACUAAAACGUCAUCAAUAUCUUAUGCAAAUGACCUUGUGAGCUAUAAAUAGUAACUUCGCGGGAUGCUAUUAUACAGUCGUGGCUAUGACACGAGCCACUUCUACACAUCAGACUAUAGACAUCAAAACAGGCCUAUGUUGGAAUCAUGUGUUCAUCAAACAAUUUACAUUCAUAUAUCAAAAGGAAAUUGUCUGCACCCGGCAAUAAUGAAUAAAUGGCACCCUCUGAGUACUUAAUAAAAGAAAAACAUGUCAAUGUCGAAACAGAAUGAAAAAAUACAUGCUACGUGAUAUGAUUUAAAAGGUAUUUCUCACCCUUUUUCCGGCCUUGAUACUUUUCCCACGCAUAUCAGAUCGCUAUAUUCCGGUUGAUACAAAGACCGGGUCAAGUACUGUUUUUCGAUAAAGGCAUCGAUCUAUUAAAGUUUGAAGUGAAUUUUUUUGUAGCUAUCAAUACAGAUAACCUAAGCCAUAAGUCAAGUGGGACAGACGUUAUCAUUUGGGUCAUCAUAUUAGAAUAUAAGAUUGGGACCAGAACGGGGCCUCAAGAGGGUCGAGCAAUUCCUGUACUGAUAUCGGAGAUGGCAAUUAAUCAUCAAAGACCUAUUGUUUCUGCCAAGUUGGACAUUCAACCUCCUGCAUUGUAGAUAAACUGUUAAUAACUGACAUUUUGACAAUGUAUGACCUGAUUAACGACUAUAAAAAGUGUUUCAUUAAAAUUGUAAAUAGUAGAUGUGUUCUAGACUAUUAAAAGUUAUAUCACGAUAUCAAGAAAACGCACUUGUAUGCACGCAAUUAGAAAAUGUGAUAAGAAAAUGAAUAUUUCACUGGAUUGUUUCACCUGAUCUUCAGGCUGAACUCCUAAACGAGAGUGAUAUCAUGUAGGGCAUUUUCAGCAUUUUUUCAGGCGUGUUUCUGUGGUCUGGGGUCUGAAUGGAUAUGACAUCUGCGUGAUAUCUCCCAAACAUUUGGGUUAUACGAAUAUAACGGACCAAUUUUGUUGUGUUGUCUGGAACUGAGUGUGAGCGUUGCUGCUUAGAAUACAGCAAUAUAGGCCUACCGUUAUGGUGCACAUCCUGAAGACCCCUAGAACUCUAUUUGAAUGAGCCUGUAUGUCGGACAGAGACUGAGGGUCCGUCUCCCGCCCCACGCAAUGUCUGUUCUACGUUUCCUCGCGGUGUGAGUGAUAUCAGACUACAGGAACCUCUUGUGAAUGACUGAUUGAUUAGUAUGUGUUUAAUUCAAGAUAUACGUUUUCGGUUGGUUUUGUUUUUUAGGAAAAGUUAAAGACUUGAACAGAUGAGACUUUUGGAAAGUAUAAUUUUGGUUGAAAGUGAGCAAAUACACUGCAACAUUAUCAAAGUGAAGCAACCUUGGGUAUUAUCCUCACCGUUGUUCAUGAAAUAUACUGUCGCCUGCAUCAACUUCUAAUAUUUGACGACGAUAGUUACGUAUGCCUCAAUGUCGGUGUGUAAUUUAUUAUAUUAGUAAAUUAAUUGGGACAUGAUUAUUUUGGUCAUUUAUACUCGAAAACAUUAAUGGUUUGAUACACAGUGAAACACUUUAAGUUGACUUACACAUAUUUGUUUACAAUCAAUAAACGGGCGUCUCCCGAGUUAUCAGGCAACUUCCAAUACACCGCUCUUUGAAAGAAUAAAUUACGUCCCUUUCUUGUGACAAACAGACCCCUUUUAUGUUUCAAAUAAUGUAAAAUACCGAGAGUAAGGUUAUAUACUAAUAUAUCACGUAUUUAUUGAUAACUGGCUGUUGGUCAUUACGUGACACCAAUGUACAUAAUCAUCAGAUUUGAUUAGAUGUAGGCUGGUCCCAGUGCAUUCAUUUAAUAAUACAUGUACUUAUAGUCAAUUGUAUGAGGUGUCUCUGAAAAUAGUGUAUUUGCUGUGAAUAACAGUGCACUUUGACUGGGGACCGGACAGUAAGAUACAUGUAUAUGUAUAGAACAUGAUUAAUCACUGUGUUUAUAUAUGAUACGUAUAGUACAUUUUGAAUGUUCAUGCUUGUUAAAAGUAUGUUGUAUUUCAAAAUAAAGCAAAACUGUUACCAUUA